UGCAGUUCCGUGUGCUCUGAAUUAAUUUUAUUAUGAUUGGAAAGGAAGCCUAGAUAGUAUAGAGAUGUUAUUCAGUUUUCAUUCGCUUUUCUUGAAAUCUGUUUCCGAACGUUUGCUUAGUUUAAAAAGGACAGCGUUAUCGAGCAAGAAAGAGAGAAAAUUAACGUAAAACUAAAUAUGGCGUCUUUCUGAGUUGUCCUUUUCUCACAAAGCUUAUUUUACAAAUUGCCUCGACUUGCAAGCGUUUUCGUCACAAUAUUUUUUCUGUUUGGUAGAAAGAGAACAUAAACAGACUUUGCCGUAGUAUUGACACUGCUGAAUUUUCCAAACUUCUAUGUAUAUUUGGAUAAUGUCGGACACAAGGAAAUGUAUAUAUUUAUCUAAAAAUCUAAGUAAUAAAGCGUCGCUGUGCGUUGUGGUAGUGUUCUAGUGCGAAAUACAGGGUUAAAGAGCAAAAAUGGACAAGAAAAACAAGAAAAGGGUGGUCAUAAAGCGAAAAACUGAUGAGCCAGCCGACACUGAAAAAAAGGCAAAAGUUAUGGUGAAUCGCGGGAAAACGGACCCUGAUAAAGAAAAAGUGGAGGUUGUGAACCAGGUGGUUGAAGUGCCGGUGGAGCAGGGCCAGCAGAUAGUGCACACAGGCCAGCUAGUCGAGGGCAAUUUCGAGCAGCCAGUGUUUGUAAACAUGAAGGGAGAACCCGUGCAAUUAGGUCCUAAUACAGUGAUCCUAUAUGAGCAAAGUGGGAACCCAUCAAAUUUUGCAUUUGGAGGAAUGUGGACCAUGGACUCGUCGGGACGGAUUGUGAUGGCGGAAACAAUUUACGAUGUAAAAGGUGAACCAGAGGAGGAGAGUACUACAUUUGUGCAAAACACCACUGAAGUAAGCAAUCAACAAGUCGAGGAACAGCCUAAUACAUUUCAACAGUAUGAGUUGAGCAAUACCCAGGUCGAUACUGCGCAAGAAUAUGAAGUAGCUAUAAUAGAGAAUCCUAGCACAGAGGCAGCUGAAAGUCGUCCUGCAGAGCCACAGGUGAUCAUGACUGAGGAACAGCUGGUACAAAACGGGACAGCAGCUGUGCGGUGGCUCAACCAGAAGCAUGACUUUGUUGUACGAAAACUGCAACUCAAUUAUGAUGCGGGUGUUAAACUGCUGCACUCUCCUUCUGGCUGCAUUCAGUGCGUUUACCUCACCACUCCCAGUAUGCAGCUGGCAUUCAAUGCGGUCCCACAGUUCCUGUGUAUAGAGACAGGCAUAGAGUUCAACAGUCCGAUUCCGACGGUGGCCGGUCCCAGCGUCAAACACAACGUCACCCUCUUCUUGGCCGAGGACGGCAACGGAAAGUCUGUCAUCGUAAGUGCUGGCAUAUCGACGCUGAUCGGUGAAGAUCUAACUUGGCUUCUGGACACAUUCAAGUCUUGCAACCCGGCGUGGAGGCAGGUGCGGUGCGUGGUUUGCGAUCCUACCAAGUGUCAACAGACCGUCCGCGCCGCUUUCCCCACCGCCCACGUGACCUGCUCCGUAUGGCAAGCGUCACGAGCGGCCGCCCGGCUGUGUUCCGACAUCGCUCGCCGGGAAGCGAGCAUUCUGAGCGCCGACGACGCCGCCACCAGGUGCAAGACAUACGCGCUCGCGGCGCUGCGGGGCGAGCACACUGCGGCACAAUUACAGGUUUUGAAGCGAGGUAUAAUAGGCACGGGAGCUGGAACUCUCCGUCUAUGGGAUGUGUUGACUCGGCCCAACGGGGCCAUAGCCAAAAUGGACUCCUGGCUAGAGGCUGACAACUACACCAAUAUACUGCACAAGGGUCUGGAGAGGCUAGUGACGAAGUUCCAGAGUUUAGUGCGGUCACAGAUGCAGCCCGACGAGUUCGUGUCGCUGUUCUUCAAUGUAGCCAAUCAGUUAGAGGACGAAAGAAGGAAUUUCGCCAUAAGCAGGCUCAGGGACACGGAGACAUUAAAGCAAUCUCCUACAGACACUAUCACUCAGUACGCUUACAAUCUGAUGAGCCAUCAGACGAAGCUGGCGCAGAAGUGUCUCGACGACCGAAAUGGCGGUAGGCAGAUAAGCAGUGCCAUAUGCAAGUACGGCACUUCCACUCAGGAAUGUUCGUGUCUCUUCAGCAAAGUGUUCCGGUUGCCGUGCAGACAUAUACUCAUGCUGACCACAGAGCUCAAGGUUAAAACGCACAUACCAUUCGAGCCUCGAUGGACAGUGCAGCACUGUUUGUUCGGAUGCGACAACAAUACGCCCACCGCCACAGGCAAUAAUACAGGCAGUGGAACUUUCAUGGAACAAGUAGUAGUGGAAUCUGCGGACGGACAGCAUCGACAAACUAUCCAGCAACCACAACAAAUACACCAGGUUGGGGGAGUGAGGCAACAACAAUAUGUUCUAGCGACGCCGGGACAGCCGGCCACGCCUGUAUCACAAGUAAUAUUUUGUGGAGGCGGCGUUGGAUCUGUGGGUUCGGUAGGGGGAGCUGCGCCGGUCAUUACCUCCGUACUACCCGCGGGGGGUGCCGUGCUGACACCACACCACGCGUUACAUCACUAAACAAAAAAGCAGUCAUCUCGACCAAUAAACACGGAGGAAACAGUCAACUUGACCAAUAAACACUAUAUACAGAUUGAAGAACGACGAAGUUAGAAGAAGAACUUAACUUGGCCACUUAAUACUAUGACAAAACUAUUACAAAGGGUACACUGCGCCAUUCAUUACUUCGUACUACCCGCAGGGGGGAGCCGUGCUGACACCACACUACGCGUUAUACCACUAAACACUAUGUGAAAAAAAAAACAGUCAUCUUGACCAAUAAACACGGGGGAAACAGUGAACUUGACCAUAAACACUAUAUACAGAUUGAAGAACGACUAAGUUAGAAGAACUUAGCUUGGCCACUAAAUACUAUGACAAAACUAUAAUAAAGUGGCCGCUGCGCCAGUCAUUACCUCCGUACUACCCGCGGGGGGUGCCGUGCUGACACCACACCACGCGUUACACCACUAAACACUGCAAAGUAUGAGAGAAAACAGCCAUCUUGACCAAUAAACACUAUCUACAGAU